CAAAAGACGCUGCUAACUCUGUUUUUUCAGUCUUUCACAGCAUGGCCCUCGUUGGCGUCCUCGCGUUACAAGGAUCUUUCAACGAACACAUAGCCGCUCUUAGGAGGUUAGGGGUGAAAGGGGUGGAGAUUCGGAAGCCAGAACAGCUUCAAACCGUGGCUUCCCUUAUCAUCCCUGGUGGAGAAAGCACCACCAUGGCUAAGCUCGCUGAGUUCCACAACCUGUUUCCUUCCUUGCGAGAGUUUGUAGAAAUGGGAAAGCCUGUAUGGGGAACCUGUGCAGGGCUUAUAUUCUUGGCAAAUAAAGCUAUAGGACAGAAGACUGGUGGACAACAACUGAUUGGUGGACUUGAUUGCACUGUGCAUAGAAAUUUCUUUGGCAGCCAGAUUCAAAGCUUUGAGGCAGAUCUUUCAGUGCCAGAGCUCGCAUCCAAGGAAGGUGGUCCAGAAACAUUCCGUGGAAUUUUUAUUCGUGCUCCAGCAAUUCUUGAAGUAGGACCGGAAGUUCAAGUGUUGGCUGGUUAUCCUGUACCUUCUGACAGAUUGUUGAGUUCUGAUUCCUCUAUUGAAGACAAAAAGGAAAAUGCUCAGGAAGAAAGUAAGGUUAUAGUUGCUGUGAGACAAGGGAACAUACUAGCGACUGCUUUCCAUCCUGAAUUGACAGCUGAUACUCGAUGGCAUAGUUAUUUCUUAAAGAUGGGAAAUGAGAUGGGAGAAGAGGCCUCAAGUAGCAUUGUUCCAGCACCAGUCAAUACAAGUUAUAACCUACAAGCGCCAAAUGACCUUCCUAUAUUUCAAUAGGACCAGAUAAUCACCAAGACUUUCUUAAUGGAUGAUUUUUUUUUUUUCUUUAUUUAAUUUCUUUUGAAAACGAUAUCUGAUAAUUGUUCCAUUCUAGAAAAUAGCUAAAUAGUAUUAUUCUUUUUAUGCUUU